CGGUCAGACAGGGUCAGGCAAAUGUUCAGUUGGACAACUGGAGAGACCUCGCCUACGUCGCCCAUCGGCGACGAGAAGGAGUCCAAGAUGAAUCAAGUGCAAUUUUCACCACCACUAGAAAAAACAAGUAGUACUAUGUGGCAGAAGCGACAGCAAGCGGUGUGCGUGCGGCACGCGUUCAAACACUACGGCUCCAACAAGAGACCGAACCACGUCCUCAGCAAUCUGAACAUGUCCGUCGCAAAGGGGACCAUAUACGGUCUUCUCGGCGCGUCAGGAUGUGGAAAAACAACUUUACUGUCCUGUAUAGUCGGGCGGCGGAAACUCAACCGGGGAGAGAUAUGGGUACUCGGAGGAAAGCCUGGGACUAAAGGUUCUGGCGUACCAGGCAAGCGUGUGGGCUACAUGCCUCAGGAAAUAGCCCUGUACGGCGAGUUCACCAUCAAGGAAACUAUGAUGUAUUUCGGCUGGAUCUUCGGUAUGGAGACCAAGGAGAUCGUGGACAGACUGCGCUUUCUUUUGGACUUCUUGGACUUACCCAGCGAGAACAGAAUGGUUAAGAAUUUGAGUGGAGGUCAACAACGUCGAGUAUCGUUCGCGGUGGCUCUGAUGCAUGAUCCUGAGCUCCUAAUCCUGGAUGAACCCACUGUGGGGGUGGACCCACUCCUCCGGCAGUCCAUCUGGACCCACCUGGUCCGCAUCACCAGCUCCGGUGAUAAGACCGUCAUCAUCACCACGCAUUAUAUUGAAGAGGCGAGGCAGGCGCACUGUAUCGGUCUGAUGCGCAGUGGACGCCUUCUAGCCGAGGAGUCGCCUCAGGCUCUCCUCACCAUGUACAGCUGUGUUUCCUUAGAAGACGUGUUCUUAAAACUCUCCAGAAGACAGGGUCAAGCAAACCAAGUUGUAGAGCUGAACGUAUCAGGGGGUGCCCUUGGACUAAACAAGAUGUCCAAACGUGAAGAAGCGCCCUACGCGGCUGAGGAUAACCAAGUUGUAGGUCUGAACUUCCACCAGAGCAAGGAGGUGCUGAUAGUUGACCACGCUGCUGGAUCUAAUGGCGACCUUCCGGGUAAAAUGACAGAAGCUGUGAAAUCUGAGUGCGAGGACUGCGGUAAUUGUUUCAACUUCACGUCCCGCGGCAAGAUCAAGGCGCUGAUCCAGAAGAACUUCCUGCGCAUGUGGCGCAACAUCGGCGUGAUGCUGUUCAUCUUCGCGCUGCCCGUCAUGCAGGUCAUCCUCUUCUGCCUGGCCAUCGGCAGGGACCCCAGCGGCCUCCACCUGGCUAUAGUAAACGACGAUGUCCACGUCCUGGACGGCUACUGCCCCUACAACGCCUCUUGCUCCAUGAAGAACCUGUCCUGCCGGUACCUCGCCAACCUCAAGAACCAGUCCAUCAUCAAGGAUUACUACGCGGACCUCAGUUCCGCCAUACAUGCCGUGGAGGUUGGCCAUGCUUGGGGAGCUAUCUACUUCAAUGAGAAUUAUACGGAUUCCCUGGUUGCUAGGUUGGCUCUGGCGGACACUGCGGACAAUGAAACCAUAUCGUCUUCGGAGGUGCAAGUGUGGCUCGACAUGUCCAACCAGCAGAUCGGCCUCAUGCUCAACCGGGACAUACAGUUCUCGUACCGGGACUUUGCCAAGGAUCUGCUCUCGACCUGCAACUACAACCCCAAGGUGGGCGACAUCCCCAUCGACUUCAAGGACCCAAUCUACGGAGACAACAACCCCUCUUUUACCGACUUCGUUGCGCCCGGAGUUAUUCUCACGAUCGUAUUCUUCCUAGCAGUCGCCUUGACCUCAUCAGCCCUCAUCGUGGAGAGGAUGGAGGGGCUCUUGGACCGUUCUUGGGUGGCCGGGGUGUCCCCGGGGGAGAUCCUGUUCUCGCACGUGGUGACCCAGUUCGUGGUGAUGUGCGGCCAGACGGCGCUGGUGCUGAUCUUCAUGAUCCUGGUGUUCGGGGUCAAGUGUAACGGGAACAUUGUCUAUGUGAUUAUGUUGACGCUGUUGCAAGGGCUGUGCGGCAUGUGCUUCGGGUUCGUGAUCUCGGCGGCGUGCGAGCUGGAGCGCAACGCCAUCCAGCUGGCGCUGGGCUCGUUCUACCCCACGCUGCUGCUGUCGGGCGUCAUCUGGCCCAUCGAGGGCAUGCCGUGGGCGCUGCGCGGCGCGGCGCUGGGCCUGCCGCUCACGCUGGCCACGUCCGCGCUGCGCGCCGUGCUCACGCGCGGCUGGCCGCUCGCCGAGCCCGCCGUGUACCUCGGCUUCCUCGCCACGCUGGCCUGGAUCGCGCUCUUCCUGUCGCUCACGCUGCUCAUCCUGCGCUUCAAGCGCGGCUAGCGCUCGCCUCGCUGCGGCCACUCGA